GUUCACGCUGGAGCUUCAACCUCUUUAUAGUCAUUCCCUCUUCCUUUGCCCAGCUCGUACAGCUGCUUGACUCUUGGUUCUUAUCCACAGCGGACGGUCAAUCGUAUCCCGUUAAACUUCCCCGCCUUCAAAACCAAGUGAAAGCUUUGCUCGUAUCCCAGCAAUGGCCCCGCAACCAUGGUAUAUUGAAAACCCCAAUGUCGGGAAUCGAAGCCAUGCGGAGGAUUGGCGAAUCCGCGGGUACAACCCGCUGACACCGCCCAAUCUCCUCCAGCAUGAGAUCCCGCAAACUCCUCACUCCAAGAAGACAGUCUUGAUGUCCAGAGAGGAGGCCGCCGCAGUCGUCAACGGCAUUGACCCCAAGAACCGCCUCAUGGUCAUCGUUGGACCGUGCUCGAUCCACGACCCCGAAGCUGCCAUGGAGUACUGCAGCCGCCUCCUCAAGCUCAAAGAGAAAUAUAAGAAUGAGCUCUUGAUCAUCAUGCGAUCGUACCUCGAGAAGCCACGUACUACAGUUGGCUGGAAAGGUCUGAUCAACGACCCCGACGUCGACAAUUCCUUCCAGAUCAACAAGGGUCUUCGCAUCGCCAGGCAGCUGUUCGUCGAUCUGACCGACAAGGGAAUGCCAAUUGCCAGCGAAAUGCUCGACACCAUUUCCCCCCAGUUCCUUGCCGACUUACUCUCCGUUGGCGCGAUCGGUGCCCGAACCACCGAGUCCCAGCUCCACCGCGAGCUCGCCAGCGGGCUAUCUUUCCCCGUAGGUUUCAAGAACGGCACAGACGGCUCUCUCGACGUAGCCGUGGAUGCCAUUGGCGCCGUCAAGCACCCCCACCACUUCCUCAGCGUAACCAAACCUGGUGUCGUCUCCAUCGUCGGGACGAUGGGCAACGAGGACUGCUUCAUCAUUUUGCGCGGCGGCAAGAAAGGCCCUAACUACGACGCAGCCUCGGUCGCAGCUGCAAAGAAGAGACUCAUCGAAAAGGCCGUCAAUCCCAGAUUAAUGAUUGACUGCAGCCAUGGCAACUCGGAGAAGAACCAUAAGAACCAACCCAAAGUUGCCGCAAACAUUGCAGCUCAGAUCGCUGGGGGAGAAACCGCUAUUAUGGGCGUGAUGAUCGAAAGUCAUAUUAACGAGGGCAACCAACCCGUCUCACCCCAGGGCAAAGCUGGCCUCAAAUACGGCGUCAGCAUUACCGAUGCCUGCAUUGGCUGGGAAGACACAGAAUCUGUUCUUGCCACCCUUGCAGACGCGGUAAAAAAGCGGCAAGCCAUCGAGGCAGAGAAGGCCAGCUCGUAA